GCUGAGAAACUGACCAAUGGGAAGAGUUGGAGGACCGGAAGGACUAUGGUCCUCCAGCCAAUCCGUGCGCGGACUUUGUGUGAAUGAAGAGUGAGCUUCAGACAGACUAAAACUUCUUCCUGUGUCCAACAGCUGAUAUUAGAAGAGGAGGAUUUGUAGACUGAAAUCUGAAACCAAAAAUCACAUCAGGAUCUCACAGAGUCAUUCAAUUCAUCAGGACCUGAAUAUAAUUGACCUUUGAAUGGGGAAGGGGAAACGUUUGUCUGUUCUGUUUGUGGGUAAAGAUUCUAAACAUCAGUGUGACUGGAGAAGCACGGAGACACACACAGCUAAUUGAGAGUAUUCCAGUGACUGUGGAAAGAGCUUUAACUAGUUACACAAACUGAAAAAACAUUACCAUUCUCAGUGGGGAGUGACUGUUUACAUAUCGUGUGCAUGUAUGAGGCUUCAACUGAUUGUCAAACACGAAGAGACACAAAGACACCCACACCAAGGAGAAACCAUGGAAAUGUGGGGACUGUGGGAAGGGAUUCCGGAACCCGUCUGUACUAGAAAUUCUCAAACCCAAAAUUAACAUUAGCAUCGACAGAAUCACUCGAUUCAGCUGGACCUGAAUAUCAUUGGCCUUUGAAUCUGAAGGAGAAAUAUUUGUCUGUUCUGUCUGCUUCAAAAUAUUUCAAACAUCAACGUGACUGGAAAAGCACCGAGACACACACACCCGAGUGAGAGUGUUUCCAGUGCACUGAUUGUGGAAAGAGCUUUAACCAGUUACACAGACUGAGAAAACAUCACACCGUUCACAAAGGGGAGACACCACACAUGUGUUCUAAGUGUGGACGAGGCACCAACUGAUUAUCGGACGUGGAGGUACACAAGGGCACAUGCACCAUGGAGAAACUGUGGAAAUGUAGGGACUGUGGGAAGGGAUUCCAAACCCCAACUGCGCUGGAAACUCAUCGACGCAUUCACACUGGGGAGAGGCCAUUCAUCUGCACUGUGUGUGGGAAGGGAUUCACUCAUUCCUCACACCUAGUGGCACACCAGAUCGCUCACACCAGGGAGAGGCCGCUCACCUGCUCUGUGUGUGGGAAAGGAUUCAGUAAGCCAUUGCAUCUAGUGGCACACCAGGCCACUCACAGCAGGGAGAAGUCCUUCACCUGCUCUGAGUGUGGGAAAGGAUUUACUCAGUCAUCCCACCUAGUGGCACACCAGGUAGUUCACACCGGAGAGAAGCUGUUCUCCUGCUCUGAGUGUGGAAAGGGAUUCACUCAGUCAUCCCACCUAGUGUCACACCAAGUCGCUCACACCAGGGAGAGGUCGUUCACCUGCUCUGUGUGUGGGAAAGGAUUCACUCAGUCAUCCCACCUAGUGGCACACCAGGCAGUUCACACAGAGGAGAAGCCAUUCAUCUGCUCUGAGUGUGGUAGGGGAUUCGCUCAGUCUGUGCACCUAGUAGCACACCAGGUCAUUCACACAGAGGAGAGACCGUUCACCUGCUCUGAGUGUGGUAGGGGAUUCACUCAGUCUGUGCACCUAGUGGCACACCAGGUAGUUCACACCAGGGAGAGGCCAUUCACCUGCUCUGUGUGUGGGAAAGGAUUCACCCAGUCGUCCCACCUAGUGGCACACCAGGUAGUUCACACCAGUGAGAGGCCGUUCACCUGCUCUGUGUGUGGGAAGGGAUUCACUCAGUCAUCCCACCUAGUGGCACACCAGGUAGUUCACACAGAGGAGAGGCCGUUUACUUGCUCUGAGUGUGGGAGGGGAUUCACUCAUUCAUCCCAUCUAGUGGCACACCAGGUAGUUCACUCUGAGGAGAGGCCGUUCACCUGCUCUGUGUGUGGGAAAGGAUUCACUCAAUCUGUGCACCUUGUGGCACACCAGGUAGUUCACACCAGAGAGAGGCCGUUCACCUGCUCUGAGUGUGGGAAGGGAUUCACUCAGUCAGCCCACCUAGUGGCACACCAGGUAGUUCACACUGAGGAGAAGCCAUUCACCUGCUCUGUGUGUGGGAAAGGAUUCACCCAUUCAUCGCAACUAGUGGCACACCAGAUAGUUCACACCAGGGAAAGGCCAUUCACCUGCACUGAGUGUGGGAAAGGAUUCACUCAUCCCUCGCACCUAGUAGCACACCAGGUAGUUCACACCAAGGAGAGGCCGUUCACCUGCUCUGAGUGUGGGAAGGGAUUCACUCAGUCAUCCCACCUAGUGGCACACCAGAUAGUUCACACCAAGGAGAGGCUGUUCACCUGCUCUGUGUGUGGAAAGGGAUUCACUCAGUCAUCCCACCUUGUGGCACACCAGGUAUCUCACAGCCGGGAGAUGCCAUUCACCUGCUCUGUGUGUGGAAAGGGAUUCACUCAGUCAUCCCACCUUGUGGCACACCAGGUAGUUCAUACCAGGGAGAAGUCCUUCACCUGCUCUGAGUGUGGGAAGGGAUUCACUCAGUCAUCCCAUCUAGUAGCACACCAGGUGGUUCACACCGAAGAGAGACCAUUCAGCUGCUCUGAGUGUGGGAAGGGAUUCACUCAGUCAUCCCAUCUAGUAGCACACCAGGUAGUUCACACCGAGGAGAGGCCAUUCAGCUGCUCUGAGUGUGGGAAGGGAUUCACUCAGUCUGCGCAUCUAAUGACACACCAGGUAGUUCACACCAGGGAGAGGCCAUUCACCUGCACUGAAUGUGGUAGGGGAUUCACUCAGCAUGUGCACCUAGUGGCACACCAGGUAGUUCACACCAGGGAGAGGCCAUUCACCUGCUCCGAGUGUGGGAAGGGAUUCGCUCUGUCAUCCCACCUAGUGGCACACCAGGCAGUUCACACCAGGGAGAGGCCAUUCAUCUGCUCUGUGUGUGGGAAAGGAUUCACUCAGUUAUCCCACCUGCUGACACACCAACAAGUUCACAUUGGAAAAGAUCAUUCACCCGCUCUCGAUGUUGCAAGAAUUCACUCGGUCAUCCCAUCUGCAGACACACCAGCGAGUUCACACUGGAGAGAGGCCCUUCAUUUUCUCCGUGUGUGGGAGGGUAUUCGCUCUUUCAUCCUACCUGCUGACACAUCAACAGAUUCACACCGGGGAGAGGCUGUUCACCAGCUCUGAGUGUGAAAAGGGAUUCACUCGGUUUACCAGCCUGCUCGGGCUAUGGGUGUUAAUUGUGUCAAUUGAGGUAAAAUAUAUACAGGUGGAGGGCACUUAUUGGAUGGUUACUUGAGCACAUAAAGAGAGGCAACUACUGCCUCACAGCGGGGUGCAGUCAGGAGGCUUAUACCUGUAAUGUUUCACUCUGUGAAUAAAUCCAUCCAAAGUAAA